UUGGAGACGUGGCUCUGCUUUUUUGUACCGCUGCAAGUCAGACUGCUUGAACCGCACAAGAAAUUAACAAAGACCGUGUUUUAUUAACCAGGCGUUUAUUGUUUUUACUGAAGCUAUUGGGUACCUUGACUGCUGAAUUAAGCACCUUAAGACGGAUCCAAAAUGGUGCUCUUGGCAGCUGCAGUAUGCACCAAGACAGGAAAAGCCAUAGUAUCACGGCAGUUUGUGGAGAUGACACGCACUCGCAUCGAGGGUCUCCUGGCUGCCUUUCCUAAACUGAUGACCACGGGAAAGCAGCACACCUUUGUAGAGACAGACAGCGUGCGCUACGUCUACCAACCGUUAGAGAAACUUUACAUGGUUCUCGUCACCACAAAGAACAGCAACAUUCUGGAGGACUUGGAGACGCUGCGGCUCUUCUCUCGUGUGAUCCCUGAGUACUGCCGUGUGCUGGAGGAGAGUGAGAUCUCUGAACACUGCUUCGAUCUUAUAUUUGCUUUCGAUGAAAUUGUCGCUUUGGGAUACAGGGAAAAUGUUAACCUGGCCCAGAUCCGAACCUUCACUGAAAUGGACUCGCACGAGGAGAAGGUCUUCCGUGCAGUCAGAGAGACCCAAGAACGAGAAGCAAACGCAGAGAUGAGGCGAAAGGCUAAAGAGCUGCAGCAGGCAAGACGGGACGCAGAGCGUGCCGGCAAAAAGGCACCAGGUUUUGGAGGCUUUGGAAAUUCAGCAAUGAGCAGCUCGGCUACCAUCAUCACAGACUCGAUGAUGGAACCAGAGAAGCCUAAAUCAGUUCCUGUAUCAGUUAGAGCAAGUGGUCCUAGUAAAGCCCUGAAGCUGGGUGCCAAAGGAAAGGAGAUUGACAAUUUUGUAGACAAACUCAAGUCGGAGGGAGAAAAUAUUAUCAUGCCCAGUGCAGGAAAGAAAGCUUCAGAUGUAUCUAAAGUUCUCCAGCCUCCAGUGAACACAGAAUGUGUACAUCUGAAGAUAGAGGAGAAGAUAUCUCUGACCUGUGGACGGGACGGUGGGCUGCAGAACAUGGAGAUCUUGGGUAUUAUCACGCUGAGAGUCUCGGAUGACAAAUACAGCCGCAUCCGCUUGCAAAUUAACAACAAUGACAAGAAAGGCGUGCAACUGCAGACCCAUCCUAAUGUAGAUAAGAAGCUGUUCACUGCUGACUCUGUGAUUGGACUGAAAAACCCAGAAAAGUCUUUUCCCCUCAACAACGAUGUGGGUGUCCUGAAGUGGAGGCUACAGACCACAGAUGAGUCCCUCAUCCCUUUAACCAUAAACUGCUGGCCUUCAGAAAGUGGCAGCAGCUGCGACGUCAACAUUGAGUAUGAGCUCCAGGAGGAGGGCCUCGAACUCAACGAUUUAGUCAUCACCAUCCCUGUGCCGGCAGGAGUCGGUGCCCCUGUUGUUGGAGAUCUCGAUGGCGAGUAUCGCCAUGACAGCAGGAAAAACAUCCUUGAAUGGUCUCUGCCUGUCAUUGAUGAAAACAACAAGAGCGGAAGUAUGGAGUUCAGCAUAGCCGGGAGGCCAAACGACUUUUUCCCAUUGAACGUCUCAUUCGUGUCUAAACGCAACUAUUCCAACAUUCUGGUGGCCAAAGUGACCCAUGUAGACGGGGACAGCCCGGUGAAAUUCUCCACCGAGACUUCCUUUGUUGUCGACAAGUAUGAGAUACUCUAAAGACUUUUAAAACGAAAUGUUUCUAGCCUGCCUGCCUACCUGUGUAACAGUUCGGACACAGUACAACCAGAAUGUCCAAGUCUCUCCCAGUGGCGUGCAGCAUUUGUGUAUUUGUUUGUAUGGCAAAGGAAGUUAUAUAUGUUUAUAUAAAAUUAAUCUAAGAGGUAAACGAACCACAUUGUAACAAAAAAAACGGACGGACCUCGAGCUUUGUGACUUGAAGCCGAGGACACUGUUAUCAUCACACCAUGAAUCUGGAUCAUUGAGUCUUCACGACCCCUCAAAUAAAUUAUAGGAGCAGCUUGAGAGUUGCCCUAGUAUAAUAUAUUUUCUAUAUUGUAACCUCACAGAGCCACACAUUCUUAAAUAUCGUUCUUGAGUAAUGACUUUUCCACCCAAAACGAAUGAAAGAAGAACAGGAAGUUAGAUUUUUUUGAUUCUUGGCUCAUUCAUAAUGAACUGAUGUUGGCUCUGUGUUGAAAUAUAAAUAGCUUUUCACUGUGUUCUAUAAUUGAGAUGGCAGUUAUUUUUUUCCUUUUUUUUUUUCGACAAACUUCUUACCAUUUUAUUUAUCAAUGCAUAGAACUCCCAUCUAGGACAAAAUCUUGUUUUCUGUUUGCUUUUUAAACAAAUUCUCUUCCUGCAUCAAAUUUCCACCUUUAUUCUUUGUUUUUCACAAUAAUACAUCAGUCACAUAAAUCUGUAGCAAUUAACGUAAAGGCAGAAACUGCAUCCGAUCGAAAUGGUUUCUUCUGUGCCGAUAGCUGCUACCUUUUCUGAAGAGUAUUUUAAAUGUCUUUGACACUCUGGACGAAAACACUGACAUGGUCCUUCUUGUAACCUGUCAUUUUCAAUCUCAAAUCUGUUAAAUUCACUUGCGCUGGGAAAAAUAUGUUCACUCUUUGCUCUAAAUUUGAAAGUCAAAUUCAGAAUUUAAGUGAAAUUUGAUGAUUUGUAAGAUUUUAAGAAAUUUAAAUCAGCACUUAAAUCCAUCAAUAUUAUCCAACAAUACUAACAUACAUCAAUAUUAGGAAUUCCCAAUGUAUCAUAUGUUUUCUUCAGCCUGAUUUAAUACCAAAACAGUAGAAGUCCUCUGAUAUGUAUUGAUUUUUCUUGAGUGGAAAAUAUUUUCUCAUCGAUAUCAUUUUUGUAUCUUCCCGAAAAAAAAAAAAAACAACUUGUCGGAUGUUUUUGAGGGGGUUAUUUUAAUAUCCAAUGGAAAUAUGAAAAUGAUAACAUUCCAGCUUACAAUUUCUUGUUUUGAUAUUAAAGCAUAUUGCUUGAAUAUGAA